UGUAUACUUUCAGACGCACAUCAUAUUAUGAAGGUGGUUCCCAACUGAUGGCCGUGCUUAAGAACACUGCCAAAAAUGUGUGGCUUAAGUACAGCAUAACCAUGGAAGGACCACCUCUUGAUGGCAAUUUUCAAUUUGUGUUGGAGGGCGUAUCUCCACUGGACCGGAAUGGUUUCUUACUCUUGGAUGAUCUAUCUAUGACUCCUUAUUGUGAGAUUGCUUCUGAUCAGCAUCUUCCUGGAGAUAAUGACCUUACCACACCUAAACCAAACUGCCCAUCAGGACAACUGGACUGUGCAAAUGGAAACUGUUACAACCCCAUCGUCACUUGUAACUUUGUGGAUGACUGUGGGGAUGGCACUGAUGAGCAAGAUUGCAGUAAGACCUGUGAUUUUGAAGAGGAUAUGUGUGGGUGGUUCGAGAACAAUGCCAACUCUAUCCACUGGGUCCAGACAGGCUUUCCAGCUGAGGCUCCUGGUCCACAUGCUGACCACAAUGAUGAUACCCUUACACAUGACCUCAGUACUUCUAAGAAUGUGGAUUUGUCAGGGCAGAUAGCAAUACUGGAGUCUCGUGUGUUCUCUGCCGUGGGCCCAAAUUGUAUCCUGUCCUUCUUUUACUACAUGGGAAAUACAGAGGGUGAGACUUCUACUCUGUCUGUCUUCAGGAAAGCUGAGUCAGAUGUG